UGCAGUAUUCCUGACGCUGAUGGUGCUCGCCGUGGUGGCGCAGCAGCCGAAACAGCCGCCGACCGCUGAGCCGAUUCCGAUCAUCCGUUUCGAGACGGAUGGGCCCAACGUCGACGGGACAUAUAAAUGGGCCUACGAGACGGGCAACGAGAUCACCGCCGAAGAAUCUGGUUACGUGAAGAACUUCGGCAAGGGCGAGCCCGAGGAGGUGCAGGUGGCUGAAGGAAAGUUCAGCUACAAGUCGCCCGAGGGACAGCUCAUAUCUCUCACCUACAUCGCGGACGAGAACGGUUUCCAGCCACAGGGCGAUCACCUCCCGACCCCACCGCCGAUCCCGCCAGCCAUACAAAAGGCCCUGGAUUUCCUCAAGACCUUACCGCCAACGCCAGCCUCAACUAACCUGCAGCCUCAGUACCAAGCGGCGCCUUUCAGAAGAUUCUGAAUAAGCAUUUACAUUCCAUCGCAUAGACAAAAACGUAUAUUAUUAAUGUACAUAAGUGUAAGAUAUGUUCAGCUCAUACAUCAUUAUCUUGCUAGGGCGCUGUUAUAAAUUAAAAGGUACCGUUUGGAUUCAGACUGCAGCAGUAAUGCAGCGCAACAUUACUCCCGACAGAAUUACUAUCGCAAAUGUCAAAAUCGAUAUCGCCGCCCGGUAUUUCGAAAUUUGCGGCAGCAGCAAUGCUUGUGCAGUCUGAAUCCGAACGGAACCUUAACGAGUCGAAUAAGCCCCAGUUGUUAUUAAAAUAGAGAAGAAAAACAGGGUUUAAAAAUGUUACAAUUAGGAUAUCAAACUUUACAUUACAUUAUUUGCAUCAUUAUGUUUUUCGGUGAUAUUUAGAACAGUAUUGGAAAACACAAAAAAUUUAAUACAGGGUGAUAGCUUAACAACGCCGUCUGACAUCGGCCGAUUCGUUUGCACACAUUGUGCCGAAUAUCAAAAAUAAAACCAACCGGCGUCGUCGCUGUCAGUUUCGCAAUCACCCUGUAAAUUAAAUCAUCAACAUUAACUUGGCACUGACAGUUAUUUAUCGCAUAGGAAUAUGUCAAGCUGGACGGAUAUGAUGGUCGUUCUUGUCUACGUGACAGCGUGAUAAAACGGUGUUCGUCACUUUCUAUCCCGCGGUGUUAAAAAGUGACAGUUAUUUUAUCACGUGGAUAAAAUCAUCCAUAAUACGACGGUAGAUUAUAUUUUUGAUUACACGUAGGUAACACAAGUUUUGUAUUGUACAAUGCAAUAGAGUCUAUUAAAAUAAGUUAGAAACACUACAUUGAAAUUCAAAGUUAAUUGUAAGAAAACCAGCAACUGACUACAACUUCGUCCACAUAUUAAUUUCCAGCGCUUAUUAAAAGAAAAAGAAUGUUUUUUAGAGUUCACAGCGUGUAGAUACUGUUAGAUUGAUAAAGAUGUAGGUCCUAUUGUUAGUCUUUGAAAAAUAUUAACUGACAAAAGUAAAACAUAUUUAUGUUAUUAAAAACAAUGUUUAUUUUUUAACUUAAAACAGAUUUUAAAAAUAUUUCAU